AAUAAUAAUAAUUGUGCUGAGAGAAGGAAAAGAAGAAAAAGGCUCCUUUGUCUCGGAAGAAGAACCAAAGGGAGAGCCAAAAGAAAAAAAAAGGGUUGUCGUAGCUUUCUUUCACACGAAAUCUCAAGAGUCAGGAGCCGCCCUUGCUCUUCUUCUUCUUCUACUUCUUCUUUCUCUGCUUAUUUCAGAAAGAAAAAAGAAAACAGAGAAAGAUCAACGGCUUGUCUAUUUUUCCGGUGAAAUCUCAGCCGUAGGAUCUGAUAACUCUCAUGGGCUUUAAAUGAAAGUUCUUUUUACAUUUAUUAAAAAAUUUCUCAGUUUUAAUCGUUAUCAGAAAAGGUAGGUACCUAAAAAGAGAGUUAUUUUAACGAAAAGCAGAUUGACUGGUAGCUGAAGAACAACGGAGGAGAGUAGAGAGAGAGAGAGAGAGAGAGUAAAAAAGAUAAACCCUAAAGGUUGAAACUUGGUUGACGAAUCUUGAUUUACUUUUUUAUUUAUCAUCCACCUUCUUACUUCAAGAAUCAAACCAGAGAGAGAAAAGGAAAAAAAAAGUUUUGAUCUUUGUGAAAGAUGCCGGUAGAUUUAGACAACUCCUCCACAGUCUCCGGCGAAGCAAGUGUCUCCUCCACCGGAAACCAACAAAACCCACUUCCCAAAUCCGCCGCUAAGAAGAAACGAAACCUCCCUGGCAUGCCCGAUCCAGACUCAGAAGUCAUAGCUUUGUCACCGAAGACUUUACUAGCAACAAACAGAUUCGUCUGCGAAAUCUGCAACAAAGGCUUCCAGAGAGACCAGAACCUCCAGCUUCACCGUCGUGGCCACAACUUACCCUGGAAACUCAGACAGAAGUCCAGCAAAGAAGUCAAGAAAAAGGUCUACGUCUGUCCCGAAACCAGCUGCGUUCACCACGACCCUUCACGCGCUCUAGGAGAUCUCACCGGGAUCAAGAAACACUUCUGUCGGAAACACGGCGAGAAGAAGUGGAAAUGCGACAAAUGCUCCAAGAGAUACGCUGUCGUGUCUGAUUGGAAAGCUCAUUCUAAGAUUUGUGGUACCAAAGAGUAUAAAUGCGAUUGUGGUACUCUGUUUUCUAGGAGAGAUAGCUUUAUGACGCAUAGAGCUUUCUGUGAUGCGUUGGCUGAAGAAAGUGUGAGAAACCAUACUCAUAGUAAGAAGCAGAGCCCUGAAAUCUUGACCCGGAAAAAACAUGUACCCGACCCGGAGUCUUUAACCGGGUCUAAUCCUACGGCUUCCUCGGUUGCUCCGGUGGAAACUCGGUCUGCUAAGAUUAUAUCUCCUCGUGCUAUAAACACUAAGCGACCAGAAUCUCCAAAAACCCCUCGUGAAAUCUUGCAAGAAGCUCAAGAACCAACAGGUGGUUUAAACGGUGUUUUCUUCGAGUCUUCAUCAGCUUCUCCAAGCAUAUACGCGUCUCCUUCUUGCUCACAGUCUCUAUUCGCGCCAUCUUCAUCCAUCGAACCAAUCGCUUUGGGUCUCUCAGCGAGUCAUGGACCAUCUUUUCUCUGCUCAACACGGUUUCCAGCUCAGCCCGCAAUGUCAGCUACCGCUCUGCUUCAAAAGGCAGCGCAAAUGGGAGCAGCUUCUUCAGGUGGUUCACUGCUUCGCGGGUUAGGCAUAGUUUCGUCAACUUCACCUUCUGUGGACUCACUAGUCCCCAAUGGUCUAGCAUUGGGACUGCCUUGUGGAGGUGAAAGCAGCUCGGGUUUGAAAGAGCUUAUGAUGGGGAAUUCAUCUGUGUUUGGUCCGAAACAAACAACGUUAGACUUUCUCGGGUUAGGUAGAGCGGUUGGUAACGGGGGUGGUGGUGGCGGUGGUCCUGGGUCCACUCUGAUUGGACCAAGAGGCAGCAGCAUCGAUGCGUUGGCGACAUUUGGGUCGGGAGAGUUUUCAGGACAUGACAUUGGUAGAAGAACAUCAUAAGUACAGUCAAACUUUGUGUGAUAUCAUCAUCAUUCAUGACAUUAUGACAUAAGAGGAUCAUAGCUUAGUGUGAGUUGAGUACACGGAUGAAAACUUCCUUUUGAAGAGAAGGUUUUAAAUUUAUUUUACUUUGCAGUUAAAUCUUUUUUCUUCUGCUGUGUCAAUGACUACUCAAUCGUAUUGUAGGUCCAUAAUGACAAUAUAUUGUCGUCAAACAGAAAAUGACAAUUAUAUUAAUAUGAUAUCAUACACUGUGACAGCACAACACUAACAUAUGCUACUGAAUUUAAACACAUAAAGGCCCACGAUUCAAUUGUUUAAUCUAGAAUGGUUUUGCCCACUGCAUGCAAAUUAUCUCUUUUUCGUCAAAGAUUUUGAUUGGUAUAUGACUUAAAUGGGCUGAAAGCCUUAUAGUAUCCAUUGGUUCAUGAUAAUAAGUAUCUAUAUAUAUAAAGUUGAAUAUUCUGGCAACUCAAGCAAUCCACGUUUUCUUUUUAGAGUUAGGAUUUUGUGACACCUGUCGUAAUUUUAAUGGGUCGGUGGAUGUCACGCGGAAAAGCGCGUUGCUCUAAUUUUUUUAAGUUUCAUGAUGUUGGGUGCGAUGAAUCGUCAUGAAAACGUUACGAGUCAAAUUUCAAGUUUUGAUUGCGUUAUUUUGUCAUUCGUUCUUAACUCUUUUUUGUCUAAAUAUUUUGUUCUUAACUUCCGAAUUGUUACGAGGAUUCAUCGCCUUUAACAAUUUUUUUCUCUAUCGAUCCACAUAAACAUCUUCAUCUUCUAUAAUUUCUUCUCAGACCUGCAAACUCUGCAACAAUGGCUUCCACAGCGUCUCACAUCCUCCCAAUCUCCACUUCCCAAACCGUUCCCUCCGAUGCUCCUUCCGCCGAAUCUCAACCAUCCAUCGUGACCCCUGCGUUCCCGCCUUCAUCAACCGAGUCUCAGAAACUAUCACAAUCGGAUCUUUGUGAUUUUCCUCACCGAUGUUGGAUCUGUUUUUGUCUCAGCUGGCGGAGUCGUGUUGAUCUGUGAUUGCAGAGCAUUUAGGCUCUAAAAUAUCAAUUCUUGGAUGAGGAAGAGAGAGGAUACGACUGUUCACUACAGAUUUGAAUAUCAGGAUAAUGUUGACAAGGGGCUUGAUACCAACACACCUUUCUUUUGGAUCACAUCCAGUUCCGUGGAGGAUGCUCAGUCUGUUGCUACAACUCAGUCUGCUCUUUCUCAUAAAUCUCCUGAGUCAGAUUCCCUUUGGAGACAAGUAUUUUAUAACGCAUGGCCCCCUAGCAAAUAAAAAUUCUGAGCUGCAAGGUCUAUCUCUUUAUUCUCCUGUUUCCUUAAAUUAAUUAACACCUCUCCAAAAGGUUCCCACGUUGUUGUAUCUUUGGAGACAUUUUAGGGGAAGUGAGUCUUAUCUAGACAACUUGCAAUGACCAUACCCAUACAACUCACUUCAUUAUGGCGAACAUCUGAAUUUAAAGGUCUGCAACAGUCUGCCUCAGUGUCUUUGAAGGCCAAUGAUGCAUACUUCACCAGAAAUAGAAUGGGUACGGAUGGUUAUUGAACGUUUAAAAAAGCUUGAUAGAUUGGUUUCCCAAUCUCGCUUUCUUUCAUACUAUUUUAAUAUUUGUAAUUAAUCCUCUCGAGUUUUGAAAACAAUGACUUUUAUAAUGUUAAAAGUGAUGAUGGUUAUAUCUACAUUUUUAUUAAGAGAAAUUUUUAACUGCAGUGUA